UAUGAUUUCGUGGUUGCAGUGUGCGGGCGACCACUGAGCGCGCAGCACGUAGUGAUAACAUAUCGAUAACUGAUUAAAACUUAUCAAUUAGUAAGGUUUGGUGAUUUUGGAAGCCGGACAUUCGAAGCAGAAAACACGAUGGCGCGUCUUUUACUAAUCCUCAUCCCAGUGCUGGUAAUCGGCAUACCGCUGUACUUUCUAUUCUUCAAGAGUCCACCCCCCGUCCCUGACUUCGAUCUGAACGAGUGGUGGGGCCCCCAGAGCCUGAAAAGCAAACAGGACACCAGCGUGAGACCUUUCAGAAUCAGCUUCAGUGAUGCUAUGGUGAAAGAACUAAAAGACCGUCUCAAUAAAAGGCGUCGUCCACUGACGCCUCCUUUGGAAGGUGUCGGCUUCGAAUACGGGUUCAACUCAAACCAGAUAGAAGCUUGGACUAAGUACUGGGCAGAGGAGUACCCGUUUGCGGAGAGGGAAAAGUUCCUCAACAAGUACCCGCACUUCAAAACCAACAUCCAAGGACUCGACAUUCACUUCAUGAGGAUUAAACCUGAGGUGCCAGCGGGAGUAGAGACGGUGCCCGUGCUUCUGCUCCACGGCUGGCCCGGCUCCGUGCGCGAGUUCUACGAGGCGAUACCAAUCCUCACCGCCGUCAGCAAGGACAGGAACUUCGCCUUGGAACUCAUCGUGCCCAGUCUACCUGGAUACGGAUUCUCUGAUGCAGCUGUACGCCCAGGUCUUGGGGCUGCUCAGAUUGCCGUAGUCUGCAGAAACCUUAUGCAGCGUCUUGGAUUCAAGCGGUAUUACGUGCAAGGGGGCGACUGGGGUUCCGCCAUUGGAAGCAUCAUGGCCACUAUCUUCCCUCAGGAAGUCCUGGGCUUCCACGCCAAGAUUACCUUCAUUAUGAGCUCUACAGUAACAUUCUUGGAACUCCUGGGCUCCGUAUUUCCUUCACUGAUCGUCGAAUCUAAAUACGCAGACAGAAUGUAUCCCCUGGGGUCUAUGUAUGCUUACCUUCUUGAGGAGACAGGGUACAUGCAUAUUCAAUCCACCAAACCUGACACAGUCGGUAUCGCUUUAACAGACUCGCCAACUGGUCUACUCGCCUACAUCCUGGAGAAGUUCUCCACUUGGACCAACAAAGACUUCCGCUCCAAAGAGGACGGCAACCUCGGUUUUAGAUGGACUAAAGACCAGCUCCUGGAUAAUCUGAUGUUCUACUGGACUACUAAAUCGAUUACAACCUCCAUGAGGCUGUACUCUGAAACCUUGAACUCUAAGCACUUUGCUUUGCAGUUAGAUGAGAUCCCAACUCCAGUGCCAACAUGGGUAAUCCAAGCGAAGAACGAGAUAGCGUACUUGCCGCCUCUCAUGCUCAAGAUGAAGUUCCCGAACCUGGUGGGAGAGCGUGCGGUAGACGACGGUGGACACUUCCUCGCCUUCGAGCUGCCGAAACUCUUCGCUGAAGACGUGUUGACAGCUAUCCAGGAAUUCAGGAACCUGAAGAGUGCUAAGACUGAAUUCUAAUUUUACUAAUGACAUAAAUUAUGAUUACUAUAA